GAGAAAAGCCAUAGUAGAAAAAAUCGCAAAGAUUCCACCGUCAUUACCAUUUUUACUCAUUUUAAAAAAAAGGAAAACAAAGUCAAAACACAAACACCCUUUAAUCACACACUCUCUCUUUCUCAAUUCUCACCCCUAAACCCUCUUAAAACCCCUGAUCCACAUUUCCAUCCCAUUUUCUCUCUCCUCUUCCUCAACCUCUAGGGUUUUCUCCAAACCCCUCAUCAAUGGCGGCUCCUCGAAUUCUCUCUCCUCUCUCUCGCACCCUCUUCACCAAACAAUCCUUCGCUUCCUUCCUCCUCUCUCGCCCCUUCUCCUCCUCCACCACAACCACCACCACCUCCGCCGCUUUCUCUCUCCUCCGCCUCCGCCCCCUCGCUUCCGCCGCCGCACUCCACCGCUACCCCGCCGCUCUAACCACCACUGCUUUCCGAACCUUCGCCACUCGUCAGGCUCAGAAUUCUCUCUCUGAUAAUAACCCUAAUUGGUCUAAUCGACCUCCUAAAGAGACUAUCUUGCUUGAUGGGUGUGAUUUUGAGCAUUGGCUUGUUGUUACUGAGUCUCCCCCUGAAAAUGCUACCAGAGAUGAGAUUAUUGAUUCCUUUGUUAAAACCCUAGCUGAAGUUAUUGGAAGUGAGGAAGAAGCAAGGAUGAAAAUAUACUCUGUCUCAACCAGACAUUACUUUGCGUUUGGAGCCUUGGUGUCUGAGGAAUUAACAUACAAACUUAAAGAGUUGCCCAAUGUGCGUUGGGUCCUCCCUGACUCGUACUUGGAUGUCAAAAACAAAGAUUACGGAGGGGAACCAUUUAUCGAUGGUCAAGCUGUUCCAUAUGAUCCUAAGUACCAUGAGGAAUGGGUAAGGAACAAUGCAAAGGCACAGGAGCGAAACAGGCGCAAUGAUAGACCUAGAAAUGCCGAUCGCUCUAGGAACUUUGACAGAAGACAACAGGGUGGAAGAGGCCCGCCAAACACUGGUGGCGCGCCACCUAACAUGCCACCCAACAAUGUUGGUUAUGCCCAGAACAUGCCACCACCCAACAACGCUGGUUAUGGACAGAACAUGCCGCCACCCAACAACGCUGGUUAUGGACAGAACAUGCCACCACCCAACAAUGCAGGUUAUGGGCAGAACAUGCCACCACCGAACAAUGCUGGUUAUGGAAAUCCAGGAUAUGCACAGAACAGAGGGAAUGCUCCACCUCCUAACUAUGGGGGUCAAGGGAAUGCUCCACCUCCUAACUAUGGGGGUCAAGGGAAUCCUGGCUAUGCAGGCAACACCAGGCCAAACCAACAACCAGGUGGAGGGAUGCCUUAUCAGAACGCGCCUCAGAACUAUGCUCCACAGAACAGCAACAUGGGAGGGCAGCAAGGUCCUCCUGGUGCCUAUCAGCAAGAUGUCCCUGGAAGAGAUGGACCAAACUAUCAGUGAUGUUUUUGUAGAUAAUUUACUGAUAUUAAAUGCCUAGAACCUUAUAAUACCUUUUAAGUAGUUGUUUUGAAGGUACUAAGUGAACUAUAGGAUGUAAUGGGUGGGUGAUGCAAUAUUUUGCAGUGAUGAUCAUUUACACUGUAACACUUGUUAACUUUCACUCUUUCAGUCCUCUUGAGGUGUUUGGCCACUCAAUUAGGUUGAUGAACAAUUGUUUUAUUGUUUACUAUGCAAUGAAAAGACCUUCGUGUUUACAAGGUCAUGAUGCAUAA